AUGUUAAGAGGUGAUUUACUGCUGAUCCAGUGUGAAGAGAAAGAGAUGUAUUUCUUCUCCCCUAGACAUCCAACAUGCAUAAGCUCUAAAAGGGUUAACCGAACUGCUGGUUGUGAAUUUUGGCAUGGGAGUGCAGGUGACACAACGAUUAUGGUUGGAAGUGAAGUUAUUGGCUUCAGAACACAACUGAAUUUUAAGACCCGCGGGGAGGAGAAGAAGAAGAUUAAUGGUGAUUGGAUUUUGCACGAAUUUCACUUGUACUCUUCUUCCGACAAUAUAGUGUUCAAUGACAUGGUAUUGUGCAUAAUCUACAUGAAGAAGGUAAAGAAGAGUUCUCAAACGAACAAAGAGGAAGAUGCUAUCCUUAUUCUUGCAGGUGAACAUGAGGCAGUAGCUGAAGGACACAGAGUGAUGAAGAGGAAAAGGGCUGAUCAUCAUGAGAUGGGAACCUAUGGAAUAAUGUACAACAAGUCAUCUAACCAAAAUGCAUCGUCAUUGCCCAAAUUGCCUCCAUUGCCAUCUUUUGAAGAAUCAAAUGUUCAGUCAGAUAUGCGUUGCAUUAAUGUUGCAAUUUCUGAUGAAGAACAAAAAAACGAGGAGGAAGAAGAGGGAAGAAUGCUUGUGAAGAGAAGGUGGGUCGAUGAAAAUGAAUCUUUGGCUGUUGAUUGUAGUGAAAAAAGAACAUUUGUGCCUGCGAAUAUCGAACCAUCAUUUUUAUUGUUGCUAGAGGACACACAUGCUUUAGUAUCUUAUGGAGAUAUGGAAGAUUUCUCUUCGUUGACAUUGGAUGUGGGUUCCAUUGUUGUUAGUGAUAGUGAGUUAUCAGAAGACUAA